GAUCAACGCGUUUUCAUCCAUUCUCGCUAUCCGACAUCAUGCCAAAGAGCUCGAAAAAGAAGAAAGAGAAGGCGGCCGACUUCUCGAAAGUUAAGUUGAAACUUGGUAAAGGCAAGCAGCUACCAAGCAAUGUGGUGGAUACUUCAUUCAAAGCUCGUAGCAUUGCACUUCCCAUGCAGAGUAUUGCUAUAGAGAAGGAUACUACAAUUCCUACCACCAGGAAGAAACAGUCAUUUGAUGACUUGGUUUCGCUCAUGAAACACUAUAAUGCGAAUACUCGAAAAGAUGCUAUCUUGAGCGUUCGGGAGUUGUUUGAAUUGUAUCCUGACAUUGUGGAAUCCUCAAUGACCACACUGCUGGGGGCUUGUGUCCGUGUGAUUGGAGAUGAGGAUGCAGGCGUUCGAAAGACACUGCUUUCAUUUCUGAGCUGGUUGCUGCCUCUUGUUUCGAAGGAGGAUCUGAUUCCUCAUGUUCCACUGCUCAUUCUCUUCACUACGUCCGCCCAGACCCAUAUCUUCCCUGAAAUCAGGAUUGAUGCUGUGCGAUUUUUGGACCUUUUUCUUGAAUUAGUCCCAGAAAGCGUAGUCGAUGGCUGGAUACAAGGAAAUCCUGGACAUGGAAAACGAGUUCUAGAGGGAUACUUGGGGAUAUUGAGUGCAGGGACCAAAUACGGCGACACCGAAGGUGCAGUACAGGCAACAUCGACCGCUAGCGUAGUUCUCUCGCCGCAGUCGAAGUUCGUCGUACUGAAGUCACUUUCGGCAUUUCUCACUCAUGCGGUAUCGCGACAACUGCGACCGUCAAAUGAUGAAGCUUCUAACCUGGACCCAGCCGCAGUCCCAUUACCAACGUGGUUCCUCGCUCCUUCUUUCCGCUCUGCUCGGUCGUUCAUUGCUUACGAACGAUUAUUCCGAUCCGAGUUGGUGGACUUUCAACCUCAGUUGGACGGUGAACACCCUCGGGAUGACUUUAUAUGUAUGCCAGGCUUCGUGACUGGCCCAUUAGCCACAGCUUGGUCUUUAAAUGACCUUUCCGGCUUAUCACUGGCUCAUACUGAAUCAUUGACUCACCUUAAUAGUAAUACUUCCUCCCUCAUCCACUUGGCUAGAACGCUCUACUCAACUUUACUUGGCUCGUAUCUCGAUUGCGCCCCCAUUGUUUUUUCCCCCAGCGCGAAUCCUCCUGAAGCACAGCUGAACCUUCUUACCGUGACAGCGCGAAUCAUGAGGACGCUGUAUGGAUCAAUAUUGCAAGACAGGUUCUCCUUGAACCUAGCCGAAGAGGAAAUGCUUUGCGACGAACUAAGGACGUUGCUCGGCUAUAUGACAGGGUACUUUCCAUUCAGGCCUGCUCAUCGAGAAAUGAAGGUGGAACAUGCAUUCCAAGAUCUGAAUGUAAUCUACUGCGAACUCACAGCGCUGCUGGUUCUCGUAUCCUUCCGCCGACAAUCAGGAGAUAUUUCGCGCAAAGUCCGCAUUGAAACUUCUCGAUCAUGCGCUUCUUCUUCUCAUGUCAAAAACGAGGGCAAGUUGACCUUACAGGCCGGCCUGGUCAGAACAUACGUCAUUCGUCUCUUGGUGGGAGAAGACAAUUCUGGUGCGCAUAUUUCAAGGCCGCUAAUGCCUACGAUGUACAUCGCACUGCUGCCCACGAUCUGGGCACUCCUAAACCAGGGGAAGGAAAGCCAAGGGGAGGCUCACACAGACACCGUAUUAUCAGCGAUGCUCGAUCAUGCCAUUAGGACGAGAUCGAACUCUGCUGUGAAGGCGCUCACUGUGGAAUUUGUAUCACGGAUUCUUCUGCUUGAAACAGAGAGAGACUAUUGCGGACAUUUCGAUGUACGCAAUACAGGAGAGCAAGAGAAAUUCCAAGAAUGGAUUUUGCAUCUCCCAAAGACUCUCUGGGAGAUUGGUCAUCAAAACCUGGCUGCUUCCGAGACAAUUAUCAGAUCGUUGUUACGUCUUCUCCAGCGUGGCUCCAUCAUGAUUAAGCAUGAGCAAAUCAUCGGAUUGCAAUCCCGUCUUGCACCCUUUUUCUCCAUCACCCAUCCUCUUCGCGGUCGGCUUCCUGGCCCGUUCACCAAAAUACCUACUUCUUCACCGCUUAUCCGAAGGUUAGCAGUGGACCUUGUACUUACGAUUCUCUCACUCGCAGCGAGAUCGGAGGGAGAGGAGAGAGAGAAUCUUAUCAGCGCGGUGGGUACCGCAGUAUCAGGCACCCUCGAGGAACCCUAUUGGCAGCAACUUGUGAGAGCAACAGGGCUGUCGUGAGAUCCUGCGACGGCCACUUGUGGCUAUAUUUGCAUUCGGCUUACUGUGCUUUUUUUUUUUUACAUCAAACUGCUUGCCUGCCUGCGCUGCAAAGCAUGACAUCGUUUGAGGGCCGCGGGGAUAAUGCGUCAUUCCGCUGGCCAUCAUUCGGCAUUUUUCCAGCGUUUUUUUGAGGGAGGCUGUCAGUUGUCACAGCCUUCAGCCCUGACUACCCCAAAGGAUUUAUCGCAUUACCUACGCAGCUAUGCUCACGUG